CAAUUCUGCCUCAGUAAUAAUUCUAUAAAUGUAAUUUUUUAAAAAGCUAUAUCGCACUAUUUGCACGAUUUCGUGGAGCUAAGCAAUGCAAUCUCUAAAAUGCACAUGGUCGUGUAGAGAGGAACAGCAACAUCACAUCGCGAGCAAUGGCUACGUUCUUUACACGUAGGGCUGUGCCAAUUUUAGUCAAGCGCAUUCGGAGCACGGUACCCACUUAUGGGUGCACAACAAAAUAUCCAGUUUUGUGCUGCCGUUGCUUGAUAACAUCACUGAAUCAACAUUCUUCGAAAGAUGUCCCCUGUCAACAGAGGAGAACUUUCUACACUUUCUCAGGUUUAAACAAAGAAGUAGUUCCAUUUAAUUUGUCUGACAUUGGAGAAGGGAUCCAGGAAGUGGUCAUCAAAGAGUGGUAUGUUCAAGUUGGUGACAGAAUCAGUCAGUUUGAUCCUAUCUGUGAAGUCCAAAGUGAUAAGGCUACGGUUAAAAUCACAAGUCGCUUUGAUGGGGUUGUCAGACAUGUCUACUAUGAUGUUGAAGCUGUUGCUUUGGUUGGUAAACCUCUCAUUGACAUCGAGAAGGAAUCUUCAACUGAGAAGCAAGAAGAUGUGCUGGAGGAGACAGUCUCUGGAGAGCAGUUUGAUUCCAUGCUGAUGCAGACGGUUCGUGGCAGAAAAGUUCUGGCUACACCUGCAGUUAGAAGACUGGCAAUGGAAAACAAGAUUAAUCUAAGUGAAGUACAAGGCACAGGAAAGGACGAGCGAAUUCUGAAAGAAGAUAUUCUUCGGUACUUAGAGGAGAGAAAGUUAGGAAUACAAGAGGUGACAUCGCCUCCACCUUCACAACUAGAGAGAAUGCCACGACCAACGGCUGCAGUACCACCAUCAUCAUCAACCUCCAGCCCAGUGUUGCAGGAAUUAGCUCCCAAAGUAAAAGCACCCAUAGGAGCAGAUCGGAGUGAACCUAUAAAGGGUAUCAGAAAAGCCAUGGUGAAAACCAUGACAGCUUCACUGCAGAUUCCUCCAUUUGGUUACUAUGACGAGGUGGAUAUGACACAACUUGUCCAGCUGCGGACCAAACUGAAAUCCGUUGCUGAAAAACGAGGUGUUCGCCUCUCGUACAUGCCUAUUUUUUGAAGGUAAUCUUUUUUUCAAAAGGCUGCAUCACUUGCACUGUUGGAGUACCCUAUUCUGAAUUCCAGUCUAGAUGAAAAAUGUGAAAAUAUCAUUUACAAGGCAUCCCAUAAUAUAGGACUUGCUAUGGACACCCCUGCUGGACUCUUAGUGCCAAAUGUAAAGAAUGUGCAGCAGCUAAGUAUCUUUGAGGUGGCAGCAGAGCUGAAUAGACUACAGGUACUUGGUGAGACUGGAAAGCUGGGCACAGAGGAUCUGAGUGGUGGCACCUUUAGCCUGUCCAACAUUGGCACAAUUGGUGGCACUUAUGCUCGACCAGUAAUCAUGCCGCCAGAGGUGGCAAUUGGAGCACUGGGAAAAAUUCAGAUCCUUCCACGAUUUGAUGAAAAGGGGAAUGUUGUAAAGGCUCAUAUAAUGAAUGUUAGCUGGACAGCUGACCAUCGAGUGAUCGAUGGAGCUACCAUGGCACGCUUCUCAAACCGAUGGAAAUUUUACCUGGAAGAUCCUAGCACUUUGAUUAUGGAUUUGAAAUAGCAGUUUAGGUGUAAAUGAAAAAUAGGCACAUACAAUAACUGCUCACUGGGAUAGGAAAGAAUUGUUUUGCUUGCAGCAGGUGGUGAAAUUGAUCGGUUUGGUAUGCCUGAAAGGAUGAAUCUUUCUGAGCUGGCUGUCAGACUGAGUGAUGAAGUAUGAAAGUACACACAUUUUGAGAUAAUGCUCUAUAUUUCAUAAAGAGAGCAAAAUUAUGUCCUGUCAGCCUAUGUUUAGAGUUUUACUUUUUGCUGUUUUUUUUUUUUUUUUUAACAAUGACACUCCUAUUUUUCUUCAACACAGUUGAUAAGUUUCAGGGCAGCAAAAUCAAUGAAAAUAUUGUGGAUCUGACACUGUAGUUGAAGACAAACCUCUUUAACUUCUUCUGAAAUGUCUGUUACAGCCAUCAGUACUGGUACUUUUUUGAAAUGGCAUGUCUACUUUCACAGUUUAAUCUGUAGUUUUAUGUUGAAUAUAUUGUGUAGUUUGCUUCCUUGUCUGUAUACCAAUUGGGAAUAUUUCUUUAAAAAAAUGAUAUGAGUAUGUUUUUUUCCCCAAGUAAAAUCAGGUAGGUUGAAAAAAAAUCAAAUGAGUGUCUAAAAUACAGACUUUUCAUAGAAUUAACCAUGUAAAUUUCAGGACAGUAAGGUACAGCAGAAAUGCAAUUUAUCUCUUGCUGUUAUAUGUAGUGUUUUAUAUAUAUGUGUGAAAGAAAUAUUUUGCAUCCCUUUUUAUUAAUUUUAUUAAAAGCCACUGUUGUUAGAGGCAGACCUUCAUGCAAUAUUCUAUGAUAUAAAUAGCAGUAUCUAUUACCUACCAGUGGCACAGACCGAAGUUGGCAUUGUAUUUUAUUAAUGCUAAACAUUAUACAUAGCUUUGAGAUGUUUUUUUUUUUUUUAAAUCAUCAUUGCAUCAAUGAAAUAUAAUGUACUGCUGGUCAGAAUUUUCUUUCCCUAGAUCAUUUUAUUGCUUUGUGAGAAGACCAGUAUUGAUAUACUUUUACCUUUUUUUUGUUUACUCAAAAUGAUCUUUAAUUUAAAGAGGUUGUAUUGUGGUAGGUUGAAUGUCUUUUUGAAAGAUUCAUGUUUAAAGCUUCACUUUUUUUUUUUUAUUUAUGAAAAGGAAGUAAUGGCCUUAGGUCACCAUUGCUGCAGAGCAAUACUUAUGCAGCUGCUGUUGUCUUGCAGCUAGCUGUACCACAGCCCUCUUUAUUCAAACCUAGAUAAUGCACAAUUUUGGCCAGCAUGUUUGAUAUACAAUUGUUUUAAGUCAGCCCAGCUGCUGCAGUCAACAAAUGUUAUUGCUUCUCUGUCGUCAGAGAUGAAUCAGACAAGCCCACUUCUCUUGCUUAUUCUUAUGUGAUACUAACUUGAUGCAUAUUUUGUUUUGGGAGCUGUGUACGUAUAGUGUUCUUGAUGCUUGCAUGUUAUAUGUCAGACUUGUAAGUCAUACAAAGAUAAGUGCUUUCAGUUGCUAUAAAUCUUUCAACUGUUGUUGAGUUCUACGAAUUACAUCCACCAAUCAACUAAGCUUUGGUUGGCAUUCUUAUGUAGGGUAAAACAUAUUUUCUGUGGCCUAUACAUGCCAAGAUUGCAGUUAUUGGAGAGUGUUCUGUGAAUGUGUAAUAUUUUUGCUUAAUUGAUUUUUAAGAGUUUAAGCAAGUAGAAAUAUGGUUAAAGGAAAAAGUGUAAAGCAUUCAUAAGCAUACAAAUUAAUAUUCUUUAUUCCUCUGAGAUCAAGAUUUUGUACAUGUGGAUUUCAUAGGUAAAUUAAAAAAUAAAACUUUGAAAGA